AUGUACCAGGGACACAUGCAGAAAAGUAAAGAAAAAGGAUAUGGAAAACUAAGCAGUGAUGAAGACCUCGAGAUAAUUGUUGAUCAAAAGCAGGGGAAAGGCUCUAGGGCGGCAGAUAAGGCUGUUGCCAUGGUGAUGAAGGAGAUACCGAGGGAGGAGUCUGCUGAAGAAAAGCCCCUCCUUACUAUGACAUCACAGCUGGUGAAUGAACAGCAAGAAAGCAGACCCCUCCUGAGUCCCUCCAUCGAUGACUUUCUCUGUGAAACCAAAUCGGAGGCAAUAGCAAGGCCAGUAACGUCCAACACGGCUGUGUUGACUACAGGCUUGGACCUCCUUGACCUGAGUGAACCCGUCGCGCAAACCCAGACCAAAGCCAAGAAGCUGGAGGCCUCGUCGAAAACCGGAUCCCUCAAGAAGAAGGCUGAUGGCACCGAUCUCAUUGGGGCGGAGGCCGAACAGAGAGGCCAGCAGCCUCUUCGGGGCCCGGACACGGCGUCCUUAGAUUUAGACAUUCAAACACAACUGGAAAAAUGGGACGAUGUUAAGUUUCAUGGCGAUCGCAGUAGCAAGGGUCAUCCAAUGGCAGAGAGAAAAUCAUGCUCCUCUAGAACUGGAUCGAAAGAACUCUUAUGGUCCUCCGAGCACAGAUCCCAGCCUGAACUCAGUGCUGGGAAAAGCGCCCUGAAUGCCGCCGCUGAGUCAGGUGCAGAGCUGGAAUUAGUGCCUCCAACACAGGCUCGACUGACCAAAGAACAGCGCUGGGGAAGUACAUUACUCUCCAGAAAUCACUCCUUAGAAGAGGAAUUUGAAAGGGCAAAAGCAGCAGUGGAGUCAGAUACAGAGUUUUGGGAUAAGAUGCAAGCAGAGUGGGAAGAAAUGGCCCGGAGGAACUGGAUAUCCGAGAACCAAGAAGCUCAGAACCAAGUUACCAUUUCAGCCAGCGAGAAGGGCUAUUACUUCCACACUGAAAACCCCUUCAAGGACUGGCCGGGCGCAUUUGAAGAAGGCUUGAAGAGGCUGAAGGAAGGGGACCUCCCCGUCACCAUCCUGUUCAUGGAGGCCGCGAUUCUUCAGGACCCGGGAGAUGCAGAGGCAUGGCAGUUCCUCGGGAUAACUCAGGCAGAGAAUGAAAAUGAGCAAGCAGCCAUUGUCGCCCUCCAGAGGUGCUUAGAAUUGCAGCCCAACAACUUGAAAGCUUUGAUGGCUUUGGCCGUGAGCUACACGAACACGGGCCAUCAGCAGGAUGCCUGUGACGCGCUGAAGAACUGGAUUAAGCAAAAUCCAAAGUACAAAUACCUGGUGAAGAGCAAGAAGGGAUCUCCAGGCCUCGCCCGGAGGAUGUCUAAGUCUCCCGUGGAUAGCUCUGUUCUGGAAGGCGUGAAAGAAUUAUAUCUGGAAGCCGCCCACCAAAACGGAGACGUGAUCGACCCAGACCUGCAGACAGGUCUCGGGGUGCUGUUCCACCUGAGCGGGGAGUUUAACAGAGCGAUCGAUGCCUUCAACGCCGCCUUAACUGUCCGGCCAGAGGACUAUUCCUUGUGGAACCGCCUGGGGGCGACCUUGGCGAAUGGAGACCGCAGCGAGGAAGCCGUGGAGGCCUACACGCGGGCGCUGGAGAUCCAGCCGGGCUUCAUCCGCUCCAGAUACAACCUGGGCAUCAGCUGCAUCAACCUGGGCGCCUACAGAGAAGCGGUCAGCAAUUUUCUCACUGCCCUCAGUCUGCAGAGGAAAAGCCGGAAUCAACAGCAAGUUCCUCAUCCUGCCAUCUCCGGGAACAUCUGGGCUGCCCUCAGAAUCGCGCUGUCUCUGAUGGACCAGCCAGAACUCUUCCAGGCAGCCAACCUCGGCGACCUGGAUGUCCUCCUAAGAGCUUUCAAUUUGGAUCCUUGA